UGCUCGCCUGGGGCGAGGCUUCAAUUUCAACAACUUUAUUAGUAACUUUAUCCGCAGAACAGCCCUACCGCCAGGGGCCCGGGGAGGAGGAAACCUAUUGCCAGAGGUGGCCCCCGACUCGAGCUGCAGCCAUGGGAAACACCACCAGCGACCGGGUGUCCGGGGAGCGGCACGGCGGCAAGGCUGCCCGCGCCGAGGGCGCUGGAGGCCAUGCCCCGGGCAAGGAGCACAAGAUCAUGGUGGGGAGCACCGACGACCCCAGCGUCUUCAGCCUGCCCGACUCCAAGCUCCCUGGGGACAAGGAGUUUGUAUCAUGGCAGCAGGAUUUGGAGGACUCUGUAAAGCCCACACAACAGGCCCGGCCCACUGUUAUCCGCUGGUCUGAAGGAGGCAAGGAGGUCUUCAUCUCUGGGUCCUUCAACAAUUGGAGCACCAAGAUUCCACUGAUUAAGAGCCAUAAUGACUUUGUUGCCAUCCUGGACCUCCCUGAGGGAGAGCACCAAUACAAGUUCUUUGUGGAUGGACAGUGGGUUCAUGAUCCCUCAGAGCCUGUGGUUACCAGUCAGCUUGGCACGAUUAACAAUUUGAUCCAUGUCAAGAAAUCUGAUUUUGAGGUGUUUGAUGCUUUAAAGCUGGAUUCUAUGGAGAGCUCUGAGACAUCUUAUCGAGACCUUUCCAGCUCACCCCCAGGGCCUUAUGGUCAAGAAAUGUAUGUGUUUCGAUCUGAGGAGAGAUUCAAAUCUCCACCCAUCCUUCCUCCUCACCUACUCCAAGUUAUUCUUAACAAGGACACUAAUAUUUCUUGUGACCCAGCCUUACUCCCUGAGCCCAACCAUGUUAUGCUGAACCAUCUCUAUGCAUUGUCCAUUAAGGACAGUGUGAUGGUCCUUAGUGCAACCCAUCGCUACAAGAAGAAGUAUGUCACUACUCUGCUGUACAAGCCCAUCUGAAGGGAUCCCUUCUUGCCUCCAAGGAUUCAGGAGAAGUAUCUUUCUUGCCUUUCUGGACUAAACCAGUCUUAUCUGAGACUGGAAGGCUGAUUUGCUUUGAGGCUGAUAUGUGUGUUUCAGAGCCUCUGAGUAGGAUGCUCUGCUUUUGCAAUUGAUUGCAGAUGAGAGCUUUAUGAGUUUGUGGAAUUUAUUUUAAGAAAAAAAAAAUAUAUAUCUACAUAUAAGAGGAAGGUUAAUGGAAGCCUCCUAACCCCAGCUAGAUGUAUUCUCUCUGCCUGUGGGUACUCACCAAGACCUGUUUUAGGAUGUUGCAGGAAUAACUAUACAGGAAACUUUUUUCCUAAAAUGAAAGAACAGCAUACUCUUAGGAUCCUUGUUGGGCAGAGAGUCACUGCUACCUUGGCUUUCCAAGGGAUGGACUUGUGCUAGACUGCUGCCCUUCAUACAGCUGCCUCAUUGCAGGGGCAGCUUUUUUUUUGCAUGGUUUCUGUAUUCCCAGAAUAUGUGACACAAUCUGUGAUUUUUAUGAUACUAGAUACCCCACAAGAAUCCUUUUUUCCUCUCUUUCACAUUCUUCCUUUAACAGCCUCCUUCAGAUCCCAUACCUCACCCCUCUCUAACAUGAAACUCAAUGGGUAAGUGACCCUUCUGAAAAGUUGUGUGAGACCUGUCCCACUUCAGAGACUAAGGCUGCCAGUAGAUCUCCUUUUCAGCCUAGCACAGGCCCAGGUCACUUUGUUACUGCUUGUUUUAACUUCUACUAAAAAAAAUAUCACUCAGCCUUAUAAGAAAGGCAGCAUGCAGAAGAUCUACUUUUUUGUUUCAGUUUGGUGCCAUAGCUUAGGCCAUACUGACACAUACCACAGGUUUCCCACUUGGGCUGGCCCUGCUUCCAUCUUUUCUUUCUCAGAACAGAUGGCACUGAAGGUAGGAGUGGAACCAGGGAAAACUUUCAUGUCUUUCAUUCUUGAAGGAUUUUUAUGUGCCUGCAUUUUUCUUUAAUGAAAAAAAAAAAGCCUUUCAUUGGUCUUAAGAGAUUGUAUUAGAGAAAUUCAAGCUCUUGGUAAAUGGUUCUUAAGAUUUCCUUUUCUAGUCUAGCCCUCUACAAUCUUACACUAAUAUGGCCCAGAUUGUGCACAUUAUUACACUAAACACUGCUCUAAAUAUAAGUUCAUUCAGGCUCAUUUGAUGCAUCUGAAGGGUUCCCUCAACCUAAAAAUUUGUUAGGCCAAGAAGCAAGAAAGCAUCCCUGUGGUUCCCAAUGACGAAAAGUGUUGCUCUUUGCACUAAGUGUUAACAAGAUCAUUCUGCCUCUUCUUUUUAAAAGUGUUUGAUGAUGAAAGGGGUCACUGAUUUCCAUUUAUGGACUGAAAAGUAGCUAUUCAAUCAACUCUUGGGAUUCAGAGAUAAAACACUUUUUUCCAAGUAUCUGUGGCUCUUCCAUUUUACAGAUAAAUGGAAGUCAAACAUUUGGCACUGAAGGAGGCCAACCUGUUGAUGAUUAAGAGACUCCUUGACUGCUAGCAUGAGCCCAGUCACAUUGAGAGGAAACCUACAGGUCCGUUUAGCUACCUCCUGUCUUUCCUAGACAAAGCUACCAACACAGUUAUCUCGGCUAUGUAGACCUCUUGACCCAAGUGUGAGGCAAUAAGUUGUGGCGUUGUUGUGUAGCUGGGAAUACAAAUUACUAAGUGCUUUGGUAGUUAAUUGCAGAGAGUAAAUAUUGCUUUAGCCAUCCAAGGCCAUCUUCUGUAGCAAAAGGCUUUUGUGGAGGACCUUUUAUGGUCCCAAUCACUUUUUGAAUGGUGUGCCAUUUAAAAAAUGUAGGCCAAAUCCUGUUACAACCAACUCUCAGGAUCUACAUAGUUUUCAAUUGUACUAGAAUUUUGUUUUCAUCUAAUACCCAUUAAAUAAGAGGGCCACUUAGGAGGAUUCAAAAUCUUGGUUAUUACAUGGAGGAUUUUGUUGUACUCAUUUUUUGUCAACAGUGUUGAAAUGUGAUUAUCUAUGUGUCCAUGUGUUAAAAUUUUUACUCCACUCAGAUGUAGAGUGGGGCAGGAACAGAGAUCUCUUCAAUUUCUCUCAAGCCAAAGGCUUCUGUGAAUUGGGUCUGGCUUUAUGACAGUAGGUUUUGGUGCUGGUGACCUUCAGAUCUUUCUAAUCCUAAUCUGGAAAUGAGCAGAUAAUGUCAAUUUCCCAAGUUAGGUAAUCUUUUAGCCAGAUAUGAAAUGGGAGCCUACCUGCCAGCUGGUACAGAGGGGAUGAGUAAGAGAACGUGGGUGAUGACUCAUUCACUGCUGUCCCGUUUCAAUACUGCUCAGACUAGGAUACUUCAAAAAGUUUUUGGAAAAAUAAGAAGAUAAUAUGGAUCUUUCCAUGAACUUCUUGAAAUACCCUUGUACAUGGCCCUGAGAAGCCUUAUCUCUGUCCCCAAGAAACUAUUUGUGAGGGAGGAAGGUAGUCCAAGUACAAUUCACUCAUCCUUUUGUAUUGGUUAGUUAAAAAGGUAGUUUAUUUUCUGCAGAAGACAGUUUGACAGAUUUUGAAAAUGAGUAAAGGCAAACAAAACUUUUUUAGACUUUUUUUUUUUUGCCUAUAGGAAUUUCACAGAGUCAAAGUUGGCAGAAUAAGAAAAUAGCUCUUCAGGAGGGCUGACCCUUAAAGAACUGCAAUAUGGUUUUAAGGUUGUCGGGGAAAAGAAAGAAGAAUGACUGAGCUGAGGAGUGAUAUUAGGAAAAUAAAGGCUUAAGUAACCCAGAACUGAAAAUAACCUCUUUUUAAAAAAAUUAAAUCAGACAUAAGAUGGUGGUGUCCUUGGAUUUUAUUGUAUAAAACUUAGCUGUAUGUCAAAAUCUUUGCUUUGCCUCUUGUUCCUAUUCUAUUCCCUUUUCUCUCUAUUAUUGUUCCUAUUCCCUUCCCUUUCCUCUCUAUUCUGCUUUAAGUUCAUUUGUUAGGCCGACUUUAUCAGAGUCUCAAGUCAAACAUUACCUACAGUACAUAGAUUAGUCAUCUUGCUGGUAUGGAGAAGUUCCAUACCAUGGUUAUUAGCUUGCUUUAAGCUUAGAGUUGAAUGGCAUCUAACCAUUGUAGGCAGCACCUGUAAGUGGCAUACCUAGCCUCAGUUGUGUUGGCUUUUUUAACGUAUGCUUGUAUGGUGGAGAAACUCUGUAAAAGAAGAAUCAAAGAGAAGUUUCUGAGAGGAUCCUAUAAACCUAGGCCCACUCACUUUCCUCCAGUUAUUUCUAGUCUCUUGUAGAACUAAUGGAUCUGAGAUAAACCUUUGAGAAGUGUCAGUAUUCCAUGUAUGCUGCUAAAAUUAAAUUAAGAUUGCAGAGAAGCGAUACCUCCAGACUGGGAAGUAUUUAUAUUAAUCUGGAAUAUAGAUGAAGGAGAUGUACUAAUGAUAGGAUUCCCUGCUUUUAAUUGGGGAAAUAGGGCUUUUAAAAUUUUGACCUCAACUAAAACAUGAUAUGCAAUAGUCUAUGUUUGUAUGUGUUUGAAAUACAUUCUUUCUCAGAGAUUUCUGCUUCUUCAUGCUCUAGUGAUUUGGGGGCAUGGGCUUAAGAGCAGGUAUACAGUUUGUUCCUACAUUAUUCUGACUCAUCUAUAAAGUCAGAUUUUGCUUUUUUCUACCAGAGGCUGCUGACUCCAGUUGCCCUUGGGGUGGAGGACCUGGGAGGUAUAAGGGUCUUUCAAAAUUCUAUGGAUCUAGGCAUUUAUGUCUCUAUAAGUGCCAGUCACAGUUGGAGAUUGAAGGACUGAUUUCUGCAACGAACCCACACUUUUGGAGUAAAAAGCCAAGUCUUUUUUAAGUUAUAAGGAAAAAGAAGAAAAAGAAAAAUUCAAGUCUCUUACUUCUGGAAUCCAAUUCUUAGCAAUGGAAUCUCUCCAGGAUUCUAAUUUAGGCUUUGUCUUGGUUUGCUUUUCUCAGUUGUGCUUUGAAGUGAAUAAGCUUCGUUAAAAAUUAAAUUUUUUAUUAGUUCCAACAUUAGUUGGAAUUCACUUGAAUUAAUUGUGAGUAGCACAGUACUUUUGCAGUAAGAUUGGUGUGAUAAUAAAUACUAUGGAUUUUGUAGGUGUCAGGUUAGUUAAGGGAUACCAACAUUAAGUAUUAUAUUAGGAAUUGAUCAUCUUAUUUCUUUUUUAUUCCCCUCUACAGAACACUUAUCCUACUCAGCUUAUGAUUUUAGGAUAGCCAAAGCUCACUGUUGUUGACUAGUUCUAAUCCCUGUACUGGGUCCCCCUAUUUGAGACUUGUCUGAAGUUUGGUAAAUUGGAGGGUGAUGGUUGGUAUUACUUUGAAGCAUUUUGAAUGAGUGCAGCUUUAUGUCUGUCGUAAAAGGGGAAUAUAAUAAGACUACAAUUUGAAGGGAAUUAAAUAUGCGAGAGUCCUCUUUUAAAUGGUGCUUUUUGUAACCUUCAGUGCUGAGAUACAGAGCUGCUUUUCAGUUUUUCACAAAAAAAUGGUGUACAAGUAUGGAUUUUAAAGCUUUUCUCUAAAUGUAAUUUGUCACUGGACUCUGACAUGCCUGAAAAUUAUAUGAUGUAACACAUCCAGAAAUGUGGGGUUUUUUUCCAUAAAGCUGUUUAAUAAAAGUAUUAUACAGCAAUAAA